AUACAAUACAUUAAUAUUUACAUUUGAAAUCCGAGUUAAUUAGUAUCAAUUAAUAAUUAAAUUCGUUUUGCAGCCAGAUCCAUAAACCGAAAACCUUCAGACAUCUGAGAGCACGUUGCAUCCAAUUGGAUAAUGUUUUAACCAAUACAGCUGGAGAGCGUAUGUGCUUAAUAUAAACAUAGAGUGUGGGUAAUCUAUGUGCGGCCAGUAAAUUGGAGGGAAUUACGUAGAUUGUUUAUAAGCGGGACGGCAAAUUUGAACGAUGGGUAGGAGAAAAUCGAAAAGGAAGCCCCCAUCAAAGAGAAAGGCCAUCGAACCACUUGACCAACAGUUCAAUUGUCCAUUCUGCAACCACGAGAAGUCCUGUGAUGUUAAAAUGGACAAGGGUCGAAACACAGCCAGGAUAACAUGUCGGGUGUGUCUGGAGGACUUUCAGACAACAAUAAACUUCCUGUCGGAGCCUGUUGAUGUCUACAAUGAUUGGAUUGAUGCCUGUGAAUCUGCCAAUUGACUUAUUCACCUUACAUUAAGUGUUUCUUUUUCCUAUUUAGUUUAGUCAAAAUUUAGUCUCUGUUUUUUUUCUUUUGUUACAUUUAUAGUUUAAUCUUUAGUAAGUGUAUAUUUCUAUUGGUUUUGAUUUGCUAACAAACUGGAUUUGUUGUAGUUAGGUGAAACUUUUGAUAUAUAUAUAUAUGUAUGUAAACAAAACGCUUUUAUUGAUGAUAAUUGAUUUAUCAUUGGUUGUUAUUGGAGACAGAUGCAAUUAUUUUUUAAUGAUUUAAUCAUUACAGAUGCAUAAUGUAUAUUUUACUAUUUUUGCUAAUGACAGAAUUGAUGUUAGUUUUGCGAAAUGUUUCUAACUAUGGUUUACAAUUUUCAUAAUUUGUUCUUAUGAAAAUCCAUAACUAUUUGAUAAGUAUAACCAAAAAGUGCAACUAAAUAUAUAGAUAGUUAAAUGCUUUGAAA